AUGGCUGGCAUGUUUCCGCUUCCGCGCCUCAUUGUCGGGCUGGCUCUGGGGCUGCUGCUCCUGGCCAGCCAGGUGGCAGGCACGCGGAUCUGGCUGGAUCGGCGCUUCAGUCUGGGUAACGAAGUCCACCUGCCGACCCGGGUUCAAUCGGCCGCGGCCAUCAUCUCCGAGGAUCCGGCCAUCAUUGAACCCGGUGCCACGCUACGCCUGCGCCUGAAAUCCGAUCCGUCGGAUGUUUCCCUGUAUAUUGCCAUGAUGACCACAAAGCAAUACAUGGCCCCCGCUAAGCAGGAGCAUGUGCAGAAAUUCGAAUUCAAGGGUGACAUCGAUGUCACCUUCGCUCUGCCCACCGGUGGCCGGCUUCAUGUGGUGUUGAUCGUCCCGCCCCGGUCGUUCCAGCCACUGCCGCCGCCUCCGGGCCAGGAGUCUGCCGAGGGGAGUUCCUCUCCGGUGCCACAGUACCCGGAUGCCAUCCAGCUGACCGGCACGCUGGACUAUGUCAACCCGAAUGCCGGGCCCUUCACCGUGGACAAUGCCCCCCGGCGCAUUCUGUCAUCGAUCAUGCUCGGCCUCUAUUGCGUGCUGCUGGUGGGCGUUGUGCUGACGCUGGCCGGCCUGCUGGAGCACUUCGGCGAAGGGACCCCCUGGCAGCCGCUCCCCCAGCGGCCGGCCUCGGACUUGGUGGCCAGCGGCCCGGUCGGCACCCGCGGCGGUGGCGGCAGUGGCGCCCUUUCGCGGCUCAACAUCGCACAAUCGUGGAAGAACAAUUCCGUUCGCUGGCCCACCUACUUCCGCCUGCCGUGGCAGCACUUUGAGCCGGCGGUCGAUCCGCGCGUGUUAAAGGAGCUGCAGUUGGUGGCACUGGCCGUGUUCGCCUGCAAGCUCGUCCAAUUCAUCCUGCGGACCAUGUACUAUGAGCUGAAUUAUGUGACGCUCAUGCCGGAUGGCGACCCUCUGUUCCUGCUGUCUCGCCCAGACACGGCCACCGCCUACCCCUUCGCCUAUCUUUUCUAUUUGCAAUCCUUCUUUGGAAUGCUGGCAGACGCCCUGCUCGUGGCGCUGCUGCUCGUGAGCGCCCUCGGCUGGUCCCUGGUGUAUGAGCGGGUGUCCGAGCGCGAGGUCCAGCUCUUCGGCCGUAUGUGCAACACAUGCCUUGGCGAUGGGGACUGA